UUUCAGUGGGAGAGGAGCCUGUUUGAGCUUCUCUGCCCAGAGUGCGAGCGUCCGAUCCAUAUGGAGGGAAACGGAGAGAGAGACACCAUGAUGGUGGAACCUCCAGACAGCCAGGAGUUUGCAGAGCUCUGGCUACGGAACCUCAUAGUUCGUGAUAACAGCUCAUGGGGAAACGAAGAGCCCAUCCCUGACGACCUGCAGGACGUACCCUGUGAGCUGCUGCUCAGCGACAUGUUACAGCCACAGUCCUCAUCAUCUCCUCCGACCUCCACCGUCCCCGUCACCUCCGAUUACCCCGGACUCCACAACUUCACCCUGCACUUCCAGGAGUCCAGUACGGCCAAGUCCGUCACCUGCACGUACUCUCCGGAUCUGAAUAAACUCUUCUGUCAGUUGGCGAAGACGUGUCCUGUGCUGAUGGCGGUGAGUUCUUCUCCCCCACCGGGGUCCGUGCUCAGAGCCACCGCCGUGUACAAGAGAUCAGAACACGUGGCCGAGGUGGUGCGCCGCUGUCCUCACCACGAGAGGAGUAACGACAGCAGUGAUGGCCCAGCUCCUCCCGGUCACCUGCUCCGUGUGGAAGGGAAUUCCCGAGCGGUUUAUCAGGAGGACGGGAACACACAGCGCCACAGUGUGGUGGUGCCCUACGAACCUCCUCAGGUGGGAUCACAGUGCACCACUGUGCUGUAUAACUACAUGUGUAACAGCAGCUGUAUGGGGGGAAUGAACCGCCGCCCCAUCCUCACCAUCAUCACACUUGAAACCCAGGAUGGUCACCUGUUGGGCAGGCGCACGUUUGAAGUGCGUGUGUGUGCGUGUCCCGGGCGUGACAGGAAAACAGAGGAGAGCAACUUCAAAAAACAGCAGGAACCCAAAACCUCUGGCAAAACCCUCACCAAGCGCAGCAUGAAGGAUCCCCCUUCUCACCCUGAGGCCAGUAAGAAAUCCAAGAACAGCAGCAGUGAUGAUGAGAUUUACACACUGCAGGUGCGUGGGAAAGAGCGUUAUGAGUUUCUGAAGAAGAUUAAUGAUGGUCUGGAGCUCAGUGAGCUGGUGCCCCCUGCUGACCAGGAGAAGUAUCGCCAGAAACUUCUGUCUAAAACCUGCAGGAAGGAGAGAGACGGAGCUGCAGCGGAGCCCAAACGAGGGAAGAAACGACUGGUGAAGGAGGAGAAGAGCGACUCGGACUGAGAGAGAGAGAUGGGGAGGGGUGCAUUUACUUUCUGUUCGGAGGAAAAAUAUUAAACUGUGUAUGUGUGUGUCUGUGUGUGAUUGUUAGAGACACGCCCACAUUAACUCUACAUUCAUACACACACGCUAACACAUUAACUCUGCAUCUCCAGUUUAAAUGUAAAGUAGAAGGAGAUGCAGGUGUCUCCUAUACACACACAUAUACACACACACACACACACACUCCUCCUGUGAGUGUUCUACUGGAAGAUGUUAAUGUAAUCUGAUGGUCAGUGUUCUCUCACCGCUCGGUCAGUAGAUCAGAUCUAGAACCGUUCUCACUCUGCCAGUUUGUUAAGAUUUCCCUCACUGUGUUUUAUAUCAUGUGACC